CGCUGGAAUGUCCAUGAAACGAGCUCAGAGGAAUAUGAGGCAGAAGGUCAGAUGCACCUGUGGAACCCCGAUGAGCCAAGCACCCCCCGGGGAUCCCUGGUUUCUCAGUCGGGGAGGUUAGAGGAGCGACUGCGUGAAGCGUGUCAGGAGUUAGCUAUCGAGUGGGAUGGAUGUGCCUAUCACAGCGACCUGCUGGCUCUCUCUGAACAUCUGGACCUGGAGCUGAAUGGAGACCUCCCGCUCAGUCUCAGCGAUGAUGGAGUGAUGAACGUUCAGGAGUUUGUUUCCAGGAUUCUAAACCACAACAAGCUGCCGACACAGUCUGCCUCCACACCUUACAGGCAGCUUAAACGCCAUCACUCUACUCAGCCUUUUGAUGAAGAAGGUCGCAGGAUCUCUGCUUUACCCAGCACCUUCAGCAUGCGUCUCCUCUCUGUACUCGACGACGGAUCGGGUUUCACUCCAACUGAGUCCAUCCUGGAUGUUUGGAUAGAAGAGGGAGUUGAAAACAGUGCUGAGAUCUUGCAGGCUUUGAAUUUUGACCUGGAUGGAAAACUGAGUCUCAGUGACCUCACCACAGCUCUUGAGAGCGAGCUGCUCAUCACCAAGAAUGGGAUUCACCAAGCAGCACUGGCCAGUUUCAAAGCGGAGAUCAGAUAUCUCCUGAAACUGGAGCAGGAGUACAAGGAAAGGCUCGCAGCGGUGCGUUCAGAGCUGGUGAAGGAGAUGGAGCAGAUCCAGCAGCAGGCAGGUCUGCAGCGUGAGGAGCUGGAGACAGKGCUGAGGAAGAUCAGGGAGGAUGAAGCUUUAGUCAGAGACCACCUCUCCAUCUCAGUCAAGGAGAACAGGCGUCUUGAGGUGGACUUACUGGACUGCACUGAGAAACUAGCCGAAGCACAAAGUCAAAUAAACAAACUGCAGAUAAGUUUAGAGAACGUCAUGAAAGACAAGUUCGGAGACCUGGAUCCUGGUUCUGCAGACUUCCUGCUUCAAGAAGAGCGAGUCAAACAGCUUCGCAGCAGCUAUGAAGCUCAGUGCAGGGAACUGCAGGACCGCAUCGAUGAGCUGCAGGCAGAGCUGCACGGGAUUCACAGUGUUGGAUUGGCUCCUCAGCCCCGUGGCCAACCUUUAUCUGAGGAGCUGGACAGUAAAAGUCCUGGGACUGAGUCAGACCCAGGUAUUGGUUCAGAUGAGGUGCAGCCUUUCAGCAUGAGUCUGGAAGCUGAGAUGAUGCUGGAGCAGCUGAAGGAGCAGCAUCUUCAUGAAAUGGAAGAUUUGCGAAACCAGCUUGAAAGCAAGAUCAAUGAGAUUGAGAAGAUGGUAGAGAAGCAGAGGAUGACUCAUGAUGAGCAGAAAGCUGCCUUGAUGGUCCAGCACCAGCGGGAGGUCCAGGUGUUGACAGAGAGGCUGGCUGAUGUUCAGAGCCAGCUGCAGCAGGCAGAGGUGGAGCAGACCCGAGAAGAGCUGGAGAACCAGCAAGAAGAGGAAUGUGGGAACCUCAGGCAGCAGCUGCUGGAGGCCCACACCCACAUCGUAGACCUGGAGGAGCAGCUGAACACCCUGGAGGAUCAGCAGGCCGAGGCCGACGAACACCUUCUGACCAAGAUGGAGGAGCUGAGGAACCAACACGCCGUGGAGAUUAGAAAACUAAAGCAAGAGCAGGUGGAGCUGACAGAGAAGAAGGAAAACCAACUGCAAGAACUAAAGGCUGAGUUUGAGAAAAUAUUAGCAAGUGACUUGGAAAGAGGGAAGCAAGUCUUGGAAGAAAGUCAUGAAAGUUCACUAAAAGCCCAGCUGGAGGAAGCAAAGCUGAAGUUUGAGGAGGAGAUGGAUGUAAGGCUGAAAAAACUGAGCGAGCAGUGGCAGGAGGAGAAGAAGCAGCUGAGGGAGCAGUGGGAGAACGAGCGAACUCAACUUCAGGAGCAUCACCAGAAGAUCCUGCUGGACAGGAUCGCUCAGGAAASACUGCAGCUCCAGGAGGAGUCCAAACAGAGGGAGAGCAGAUUAAAGGACGAGUCCGAACAGAGGGAAAACAGGUUAAAGGAGGAGUGGGAGAAGGAGCGACUGCAGUAUGAAGUAAUGAUCCAGGACAGGGUGAAUGAAGAAAGGGCUCUUCUGGAGGAGAACCAUGGAGAGGCCCUGAAGGAGCUGAUGGAGAAGCACACUGAGGAGAGGAACACGUUAGGAACCAUGUUGACUGAGCUGCGCCGUGACAUCGGUCAGGAGAGAUCUGCAGCCAGUUGUCUUGCUGAAGAAAACGUCAUUCUUAAGAAAAACAUUGCUGCACUGAAAGAAGGAGACUUAAAGAAGUUCCAGGAUGAGUUAAGACAAACACUGGAGGACUUGAAACAGGAGAAGUUUGUGUCUCAACAAGCAGCAGAUCAUUUUAAGAGACAGAUUUCAGAGCUGAGUCUGCAGAGCCAGGAUCUGGAGGAGGAGAACGGGCUGCUGACAGAGAGAAACACCCAGAAUGCUGCCAACAUGCAGGGUCUGCAGCAGCAGCUGCUGGAGCUGCUGCAGGAGAACGAGAGGAGGGAGAUGUUCCAUGCUGAGGAGAGGAACAGGAUGGCAGCUUGUGUGUCUGCUCUGGAGGCAGAAUUAACCAAAGCUUUGGAGGACGCUGCACAGCUGGAGGAGAGGAACAUCCAGCUGUCACAGCAGCUCUCUGACCUCACAGAGAAGACGUUCUGGCUGGAUUCGAUGGAGAGUCAGCUCAGUCAUGUUGAAGACCAGAGGAAGACUGUGGAGGAGGAGGCUGCCAGCCUGCGCAGCCAGCUGGCCAAAGCUCAAGACAAAGUGAAGAGCGCAGAUGAAAACCUGCAGGUGGUGAACCGACAAACGUGUCUUCUGAAGUCCGACCUUCUCGCUCUGCAGCAGGAGAGGGAUUCUCUGAAGAAGGAGGUGUCAGCGCUGCACAAACAGCUGCACAACUCCAACAAUAAAAGCCAUAUUUUGGAGAUGGCCCUGCACUCGAGCGGUCUGCAGAGUCAGAACAAGAAGAUCUUCAGAGAGGAGCUGUCUCGGGUGGUGGGGCAGGAGCAGCAGCUGCUGAAGCAGGAGAACAGCCGACUGCAGGCCGAGGUGCACAGCAUCAAGAGCAACCUCAUCCAGUCCAGAGAAAAGGAGGAAAGGSAGAGGAAGAUGAAGAACAUGGAGGAGCGGAUGAAGGAAAUCGAACUCUCGCUGAGGAAUGUCAAGAUUCUGCUGAAGGAYAAGGUCGCUCAGCUGAAAGACCAG